UUUUUGAACAAAGCUUGAACGGAGCCGGUCAGUAGUGUUGUAAGCGAUCGUGGUAUUCAGUUCGAUUACGCAAAAAGAAGCGUUACACAUACAAAAAUACAAUGAGUUCCAAAGAAAAUAAUGAAGUUUCUGUCGACAAAUUAGAGAAUGACAAAAGUGCGACCGAUCCCAAGUGUGAACUUAAAGGAACGAAGAGAGCGGCGGAGGACAAAUCAGAGGACGUGAAAAAAGCGAGGAAAGAAGAGAAUGGUGCGGGAUCCGAAGGCGAGGAACUAGAGGAGGAGGAGGAGGAAGAAAUUGCGGAAGUCGAGGAGGACGAUGAGGAGGAGGAAUUACCUGAAGGUGACGAAGGGGAAUUGGAUGGGGAAGAUGAAGAUGACGAAGACGCGGAGGAUGACGACGAUGAAGACGCAUAAUAGCCGUGUCGUGUGUGUGUGUGUAAUUGACAUUAUCAUCUAGUGAACAGUCCAGAGCUACUUUGUGGUCCUAUAAUUUUAAUUUAACGAAAUUUAAAUAAAGUGCGUUUUUAUAUUAGGAAAUAGGCGAUUUUACCCUUCACCUUCGACAGUCCACAGGCUAUCUCUGGAUUAUUUGACACUCGGGGACUGUGACGGCGCCACGCAGUGUUCUGUGCGUGAACUGUUGCUGUUUGUUGGGACCUGUCGUAGUCAGCAUCACGGCUGAGUCUUCUCUAACUUAUUACUAUUACCAACACUACUACGUACCCCUCGAUUGUAAAAAUAAUGUCCAUUUUAUUAUUGUGUAAAGAUAGGUAUAAAUUUAGAUUAAGUUGAUGUUCAAAUUCAAUUGUCUCACCCCUUAUGUGUUUCAUUAUAAUUUUUUUUAUGUAAAAAAGUGUAAUUGAAUUAAUAGACGUCUGAAGCACAAUCUGGGAGCUAUGACGGCAAUAAGCAACUCAAUUCUCCAUACCACAUCAAAACUGUAAUUUUCAUGAACUAACUUUCGUUGCCCGUGUAUGUGUGACAAUUUAACAAUAGGUUGUAUUUUAAACAUGUUUUAGCGGUGAUCAUCGGUCGACAGUAUCAAUGGCAGAGAGUUACAGAGACCGAGACCGAGUUUCUGUAACUCUCUGCCUUUUAAUGUUCUCAUUCCAGUUGGUUUAGUUGUAGUCCAUGGUGGUUACUCACCCACCUCACUAUAUUUUUGCAGAAUCGAAAUGUUUAUUACAAAAUACAAAAUUUACGAUACGUUGUUUGUCUACUUAAAUUAAUCUGUAGAUUUUAAAUUUGUAAACAGUGCUGCUGUACGAUUUAUGAGUGACUUAUAAAACAAUGGAUACAAA